CCCUUUUCUCCAAACGUCGCGAUGCGCCAGAAGAUGUGCAACAGCCCUUGAAUCAGCGCGCGAAAUCAGCCCACUGAUCUACCCAUAAUGUCUGACGUCCGCGAGCGGGACAGGGAGAGGGAGAGGGAGAGGGAUGACCGUGAUGCCGCAUCUGACGGGGGAAACAGGCGGCCGAGAGAUCACGAUCAAGACGAUGAACGAGACGACCGCCGUGAGGAGCGGCGAGAGCGUGAGGGUGACAAGCACCGGGAGAAGGAGAGGAAGCGCAAGAGGAGAUCUCGGGACGAGUCGAGCGAUGAGUCAUCGUCGGAGUCCGAUGAUGAUGUCAGCAGGAGCGCAUCGGACAGCGACAGCGAAUCUGACAGCUCAGAGUGAGGGAGUGAGUGAGUGAGAAGACGUAUACACAGACAUGCAAUGUCAUUCGUUGUGUGUGUGUGUGUGUGUGUGCUUACAUGUGUGUGCAGGGAUGAGCGGCGUCGUCGGAAGCGUCGGAAGAAGGAGAAGCGUGACAAGGAGCGGCGGAAGGAGAAGAAGAAGGACAAGAAGCGCAAGAAAGAUAAGGACAGGAAGAAGAAGAAAAAGAAGGACAAGGGGGACAAGGACACCGCCAGGGCGGGGGCGGGUGAGUUUCUUACCACCAAUCCACACACGCUGCCACACACAGAUGCACCGCACCCGCUAGUUUGCCAUGUCUGAGUGUCUUGGGCUGUGCUGUGGUGCAGUGACUGAUCAGUGGGGCAAGUUCGGCCAGCUAGUCGAGACGGACCUGUGGCGGAAGCGGCCUGAGUUCCAGCUAUGGCUCAUGGAGGUCAAACAAAAGACGCUGGAGGAACUGUCCAACUGGGUCAGGGAGCGAGGGAGGCAGGGACCCCCGGGCAGUCAGUGCUCACAUACAUGUGUGUGUUUGUGUGUUUGUUCGUGUGGUGUGUUCUGUGCAGGAGGAGAAGCAGUUGUUCCGCGACUACAUGGAGGACUACAACACAGCCACACUGCCGCACCGCAAGUACGCCAACACCACCACACACGUGACCAGCACGACACAGCAACAUCGCACUGUGUCGUGCGUGUUUGUGUGUGUUUUGGUGUGUGUCAGGUAUUACAGCCUGCAGGACUACGAGGCCGAAAAAGCCAAAAAGGUGAGACACAUGACAUACCCGCUAUGUUCAUACGCACAUUGUCGGUGUGUGUGCAUCCGUCCACCAGCCGCCCAAGAAGCGCGUGGAGGAGCCCUCCAAUGUCGUCUCGUUCGACGACGAACGAUCCAGAAAGUAACACACACGCAUCACACACUGGGGAGAGCGGACGGCGGAGCCCUCAAUGCCUUUCUGUCUCUCUCUGCUGUGUGUGUGUCGUCAGGGAGGAGAUCCGGAAGAUCCGUGACGCGCGGGCCCGUGAGGCGCAGCAGGAGGCAUUUGCUGGCAUGGACGAAGAGAAGGUAUUCAUGCAUACACACAUCCGCAGGGCACUCGUACGAGCGCCACUGCAUGUCCUCUCUCCCUUCCUGUGUGUGGUGUGUGUCUCGGCGUGUGUGGUCAGGUGGCUGCGAUGCGUCGGCAGCAGGGGCUCAAGAACCAAAUGCAGACGCUCUUUAAGUGAGACGACUACCAACCACACCGCAUCAAAGACCAGAGAACGCGCUGGCCAUGCGUGUGUGUGAGACUGUGUUUUGUAGGAUGGGUCGGUAUGACGAGGCCGAGAAGAUCCAGAAGCUGCUACAGCCGGAUGAGAAAUGAAGCAUGUCGUCCGUCACUGUGGCCGG